AUGGAAUGUGCUAUGCAAGAAAAUCCACAAAUAAAUCGAAAGAUGGUAAGAGUGCUUUUUGGUAUCCCCAUACAGGUUAGGCUAUUGAUACUAUCGACACAUAGUUUUCUAGUGUAUGGUUCUGUGUGGAAGAAAGAAUUGUUUCAUGUAUCAAUUCAUGAUGAAGAUAUUAAUCAAGCUUACAUUUUUUAUCUGAAGUAUUUAGAUGCAAAAGGGGAUUUAGAAUGUAUGAAAAGGAAAGGUGUUUUGGUAUUUAGGAUUUUGAAAAUCAGGAAAAAGAUAAUACACUAUACAGAGAAUAAUCAAGGACCACUCUAUGUUCAAAUCAAAGUGCCAUCUGGUGUGAACAAGACAUUAACAACUAUCACAGUUCCAGUUACAUUUGGUAAACUCAUUUCAUUUCACAUAGAAUGGAAAACCAUGACAUUUGUUCAGUUUCAUAGAGUUGUCAUCUCAGAAUCCAGGCCAUUUCAGUUUCAUCUCUAUUCCCACACAUAUGAUAGGCACUUUUAUAAUGCUUUAUAUCAACCAUCAACAUGUUCCCAAUUUAUACAGAAACACUUUCAAACACCACCAGCAGUAAACACUGAACAUACAGACACUAAUUCACACCCAGUCCAAGAUGAAGAGUCAUCCUCAAUAAAAACUAAAAUAGAAUUGGAGAUUUACAGAGAUAAAGUCAAUUCUGUUAGUCCAGUUUUAUAUCAAAGUCCAGAUCUUAAGAAACCUGAUGAACUUCAAAAUGUUAAUAAUGAAGAUACGGCUGACACAAUGCGUUCUGUAAAAACAAUUGAUUCAAAAUCUCAUGAGGAGGUUACUAUUGAUAAUAAAAUAUCCAAGGUCACUAUAAGGAUGAGAAGAACAGAUACCAAACCUUCAACAAGUGAUGACAAAGUUGAAAAACCAAAACCAGUUUCAUCCAAGGAUUCUUGGAAUCCAGAGAAAGUAGAAAGUGAAAUAGGCAGAGAUUCAGUCCACAAGAAAACUGAUGACAAAAUAAAUGAAGAGAUUGAAAAUACAAAAUCACAACCUCUUGAUAUGGAACAUGCCAUAGAUCCACAAGAAAAAAGUAAGGAUUACAAACCCCCUAUUUUUGAAACAGUUAUUCAAAAAUCUGAAAUGCAGACCUAUUGUGAUGAAAAUUCACUAUUUGAAAAUGAUGACAGUUGUUCUAACAUUGAUGGUGAAAAAACCAAAACUCCAGCCAUCUUCCAGUUUGUGGACAGUAAUGGACAAGAACUGGUAGCUAUUGAUUAUAAUGACCAAAUUAUUAUUAGAAAAAAGUCUGAUAUGUGUAUGAGAGAGAUAAAAGAAACCACACCAUUAGAGGUUAUAAUACCUAAUACACAAGACUCUUGUCCUAAUUUAACAUGGUCUAGUAAACUACAGUCAUAUUGGAUGUGUUUUAUAAAAGAUAAACCAGGGUUUGGGUGUUGUACUUUGUCUAUAAUGACUUAUAAUAUAUGGUUCUUUAAUCCUCUCACUGAUAAUUCAACAGAAUAUGUAGAAAGGAUCAAACGGGUAGAGAAGAUAUUAAGUGAGAAUAAUGUAGAUAUUAUUGGAUUACAAGAAGUAAGAUAUGAAGAAGGUAAAGGAGGUGAAUUAGGUCCUAAUCAAAUAGAAUAUAUUUCAUCAGUUUUACCACAAUAUCAAUUUGUUUAUCAACCUGCUAUGUUAAUGCCAACUAGUUUAACCAAUGGAAAAGUUGAAGAGGGAUUAGCUAUUUUAACUAAAUAUGAAAUUCUGCAUCAUGAUUAUAUUCUACUUUUUAGGAAUGCCAGUAACAGUGCUGACAGACAUCAAAGAAUAUGUUUACAUGUAGAAAUUAAUAUACCUGGAGUAGGAAGUGUACAUGUAUUUAAUACCCAUUUAUCAUUAAGUCAUGAAGCUAGAGAGAGAUCUGUCAAACAAAUAUGGUCAUACAUUAACACAUUUACUGGUCCUAAAAUAUUACUAGGUGAUUUUAAUGCUGAACCACAAGAAAAAUCAAUCAGAUAUUUAGUGGCAAAAAGUAACAUGGUUGAUAUGUGGCCUUAUAUACAUGGUAAAAAUAGUCCUGGCAAAACAUUUAAUGCCAGGAAGAGAGAGAGGAAUAAAAGGAUUGAUUAUAUAUUUCAUUUACAAGAAAUAAACACAGAAAUAUUAGAUAUACAAUUAUUUGAAGAAAAAGACUUUGGGUCAACUGCUGCCUCUGAUCAUCUUCCUCUAUUAUCAACAAUAGGAUUUAAUUGUCCACAAAACAUUUAA